UCGCAACUCCGGUCAUCAAUUAUGCAUUUGAGACUGUUUCGAGUAAGAUUACCCUCGAAUGGUGCUCUUAUCUAUUCCGGCUUCCUGUCUUCGUACCGAUUUUUGUGUCAGCAAGGGGCCCCGCGUUAUGUAACCGCGUUUAGAUACACCACCUACAAAAGCGGCAGAUUCGUCGAUUUCUUGGUCUCCUACUUUCUCCCCCGUCCUCCUUAAUAUCAUGGACACCAUCGACCACAUUCCUCUCCAGAAGAUUCGCGAGGACGGCAAGGACGAAGUCGACAACGCGCACCCUCAUUCGCCUGACCAUUCUCAUCAUUCACCCUACCACGCUGAUCCAGCAAAGAGGAGACGGCGAAGUGCAUCUGUGGACUAUGAUUUCUUUGACCCUACUGGUGCUGCGGGACUGGAGAGGCGCCUCAGUCACAUCUCGACUCGCACCCACGACAACGUACGCCCCACCAACGAUUCCGACGUCACUCUAUCAAUUCCUGCUGAUGGUUCAUUUGAUCUGGAGAAAGCCAUGCGCGCUGUCGUGAAGAGACGCGAAGAGGCGAACAUCAAGGAUCGCCAAUUGGGUGUUGUGUUUGAGAACCUCCGAGUCAUCGGUCUUGGGGCGACAGCGUCCCACCAGGAGACCCUCGGAUCGACGCUUAAUCCAUUGAAUAUCGUCGAGAAGAUUCGGACCGCGCGCCAUCCUCCUCUCCGAGAUAUUCUUACCGGAUUUGAGGGUGUCGUUCGACCUGGCGAGAUGAUACUUGUCUUGGGGCGUCCUGGUUCUGGCUGCAGUACAUUCCUAAAGACGCUUGCGAAUCAACGGGAAGAGUACCACUCGGUUGAGGGUGAAGUCCAUUACGACUCUCUUUCUUCUGAGGAGCUUAGGGACCAUUAUCGUGGGGAUGUUCAAUAUUGCCCCGAAGACGAUGUCCAUUUUCCGACCUUGACUGUCGAACAAACCCUCAGAUUUGCAGCCAAGACACGCGCUCCUCAAGAGCGUGUUGGCCAUUCGAGAGCAGAGUACGUCGACAUGAUGGUCGAGGUCCUUACCACCAUUUUUGGUCUGCGACACGCCAAGAGUACAAUGGUUGGCGAUGCUGCUAUCCGCGGUGUUUCCGGAGGUGAAAAGAAGCGGGUGUCUAUCGCCGAAGCCAUGGCUACUCGAAGUAAACUGAACUCAUGGGACAAUUCUACUCGCGGUCUCGAUGCGUCCACUGCCCUUGAAUUCGGACGUGCGCUGAGAAUAUCCACCGACAUCGACAAUCUCAGCACCAUCGUUUCAAUCUACCAGGCAGGCGAGACGCUCUACCAACUGUUUGACAAGGUUUGCGUCAUAUACGAAGGAAGGAUGGCCUAUUUUGGGCCCGCCGACCUAGCAAAACAGUACUUCAUUGAUCUGGGAUACCUUCCGGCCAACAGACAGACAACACCCGAUUUCCUUGUUGCCGUCACAGACCCAAACGGUCGCAUCCUGAAUCCUGACGUUCCGAACCGACCUCGCACCGCGGCUGAAUUCGCCGAGUGUUUCCACAAGUCGCCUUUCGGUCAUCAGAAUCGCGAAGACAUUGCUUUGUACAAGGAAGCCUAUGUAGGGUUACCCGACAGAGCCCAUUACUAUCGGGAGAGCGCUCGCGCAGAGCAUUCGAAGAAUACGAGGCGAAGCUCACCCUAUGUUAUCUCCAUCCCUAUGCAAAUCCGCGCUGUGAUGCUGAGGCGAGCUCAAAUCCUUUGGGGAAGCAAACAGGCGACUAUCAUGAAUCUAGCAUCGUUCAUUCUCCAGGGUGUGAUCGUCGGCACGGUUUUCGUCAACGCUCCGGACUCGACCUCGGCAUUCUUCAGUCGAAGUGGUGUUCUCUUCUUCGCGCUUUUGUUUUCUGCCCUAUCAAGUAUGGCAGAGAUUCCUGCUCUAUUUAACCAACGCCCCAUUGUUGCUCGACACAAGAGAGCUGCAUUGUACCAUCCCUUCAUCGAAGCUGUCGCUCUUACCUUGGUUGACAUUCCUAUCACGUUCUUGACUACUACGGUUUUUGGCAUCCUCAUCUAUUUCAUCGUCGGUUUACAACGGACAGCCGGGCAAUUCUUUCUUUUCCUUUUGUUCCUGGUCACAAUGGCAUUAACGAUGAAAGCAUGGUUCCGUGCGGUCGCUGCCGCUUUCAAGGCUGAGUCGGAAGCGCAGACGCUAGCCGGCAUCAUGCUUCUCGCUUUGGUAGUAUAUACCGGAUUUACGAUCCCGAAACCAUCCAUGAUCGGUGCUCUCAAAUGGAUAUCAUACAUCAACCCUCUUCGUUACGGCUUUGAAAGCGUCAUGGCUAACGAAUUCCACACACUCAAUGCAUCCUGCGCGGUAUUUGUUCCUCAAGGAGCUGGAUACGAAAAUGUCAGCCUUAACAACCAGGCCUGUGACACAGUUGGAUCUGUCGCCGGUCAAGCCUACGUAAACGGCAACACAUUUAUCUCGCUUUCGUACGGGUACUCAUACAGCAAUACUUGGAGGAAUUUCGGAAUUCUCAUCGCUUUCAUGGUGGCGUUCUUAACCAUUCUGUUUACGUACUCCGAGUUCAACACGAGUGUUGCUGGUGAAUCUGCAAUGGUGCUAUUCAAGCGCGGGACGAAGCAACCCGUUUUGGAGCGGGAGAAGAAGGAUGAGGAGGGUGCUUCCGUGCGGUCUAGCCGGGACACAAUCCAAGACCCUACUACAGCUGCUGUGGACGCGGAGAAAGCUUUGGCUGAACAUCCUCCGAUGACGGACCUAUUCAGUUGGCAACAUCUGCAAUACACGGUUCCCGUGGCUGAAGGACAGCGGCGUUUACUUGACGAUGUCUCUGGAUAUGUUGCACCUGGGAAAUUGACGGCUCUGAUGGGUGAGUCGGGUGCGGGCAAGACUACGCUGCUCAACGUCCUGGCUCAACGGGUUAGCACUGGUGUCGUUCUCGGAAAUCGUUUCGUCAAUGGACUCGCUCCUCCCAGCGAUUUUCAAGCGCAAACCGGUUACUGUCAACAGAUGGACACACAUGUGAACACCGAUACUGUUCGUGAGGCUUUACUUGUUUCGGCGACCUUGCGUCAGCCAGCAUCAGUUCCAUUGGCUGAGAAAGAGGCAUAUGUUGAAAAGUGCAUCAAGAUGUGCGGUCUCGAGGCUUAUGCUGACGCCGUUGUCGGUUCACUUGGCAUCGAGCAUCGCAAGCGUACAACGAUCGCUGUAGAACUAGCGGCGAAACCUAAACUUUUGUUGUUCCUUGACGAACCCACGUCUGGACUAGAUUCGCAGAGUGCAUGGGCUAUCAUGGCUUUCUUAAGGAGUCUUGCUGGUAACGGACAAGCCAUUCUUUGCACAAUUCACCAACCUUCUGCCGAACUCUUCCAGGUUUUCGACCGGCUUCUUCUUCUCAAGAAGGGUGGACAGACCGUAUACUUCGGAGAUCUUGGUCACAACUCCACGACGCUCAUUCAAUACUUCGAGAGGAACAAAUCAAGGGUUUGUGCUGCAGAAGAGAAUCCCGCUGAGUUUAUGUUGGACGUCAUUGGUGCUGGGGCGACCGCUCAUGCUACUCAGGAUUGGCACGCAAUCUGGAAGAAUUCACCGGAGUGCGCUAAUCUCCAAUCUGAGCUUGAAAGUUUGCAUGCGGUAGGAAGGAAGCAGGGCGCAGUCGAAGCCACUGUACAUUCCGAAUUCGCCACGUCUUGGUUCCAUCAGUUAUCCGUGUUGGUGAAACGUGAUCUUAUGUUCCGCUGGAGAGACCCAACCUAUCUAAUCGCCAAGUUUGCUCUCAACAUAAUGUCGGGCUUAUUCAUCGGGUUUACCUUCUUCCAGGCGAAGGAUAGUCAGCAGGCGACUCAAAACAAACUAUUCUCUAUCUUCUUGGGAACAAUUCUCGCAGCUCCUCUUUCUAACCAGCUCCAGGUUCCGUUCAUCAAAAUGCGCAAUGUCUACGAGAUUCGCGAGCGUCCCAGUCGCAUGUACCAUUGGUCUGCCUUGCUUACAUCCCAGUUCCUCGCUGAAAUUCCGUGGAACAUCCUUGGAUCGGGCGUAUACUUUUUAUGCUGGUUCUGGACCGUAGGCUAUCCAUCGUCUCGUGCUGGCUACACGUUCCUUGUGAUGGGUGUCAUCUUUCCCCUUUACUACACAUCCCUCGGUCAGGCAGUUGCAUCUAUGGUGCCCAAUGCUGAACUUGCCGCGAUCUUGUUCAGUUUCUUGUUCUCUUUCGUCAUGACCUUCAAUGGAGUUUUGCAGCCUUUCAGUCAACUCGGAUGGUGGCAAUGGAUGUACCGCGUGUCCCCUUACACCUACCUCAUUGAAGGUCUACUUGGACAAGCUCUUGGCAGACAGCAGAUAACAUGUUCGUCUGUUGAACUUGUAUCUGUCAAUCCUCCAUCUGGGCAAACGUGUGGCGAAUAUCUCAACCCGUACAUUGCUGCCAACGGCGGUUACCUGACGAACGCCGAAGCUACCAGCGCCUGUUCAUUCUGCUCAACCGCCACAACGGACCAGUUCCUGGGUAGAAACUUCAACAUCUUUUACAGUCACAGAUGGAGGAAUGUCGGGUUUCUUUGUGUUUUCAUUGGAUUCAAUAUUUGGGCAAUUUAUGUCUGUACAUACUUAUUCCGCGUGCGCACAGAAAGUCUGCUAGCUUCGUUUAAAAAGAGAAUUGCUCGUCGUCGAUAGAUGGCUCCACGCUUAUUGGACUGAUUAUUUAAAUAAAUAAAUCUAGGAAUUUUACUAUCGCU